AUGUCGACUAGCAACCAAAGUCGUCAGACAGCCCGCGAAGCCCUCUUCAACGAGGGACUUCAGAUCCGCAAACAGGUCACCGGCGCCCAGCAUGUGCAGCGUUCGUGGGACAAUGUUUCCGACUUUUCAAGGCCAAUGCAGGAGCUCGCCACUGAAGCUGGUUGGGGUCUGAUAUGGGGGCGCGAUGGCCUGGACCGGCGGACUCGUUCUCUCCUCAACCUCGCCAUGCUGUCGGCCCUAGGCAAGAGUAACGAGCUAGGCGUUCACGUCAGAGGAGCACUAAACAAUGGCUGUACCGAAAAGGAGAUUCAGGAAACGCUUCUUCAAGCCAGUAUAUACGCAGGCUUGCCUGUUGGGCUCGAGGCAUUCAGGGUGGCGCAGAAGGUGGUCGAUGAGGAGAGAGCAAAGCCGAGCGAAAAGGGGGAGACAGCUGAAUUGAAGGACACGGGUAUCGCUAGCUAA